AUGAGCGAGCUGGGCAUCAUCCAGUACCGUUUGGCAAAGGCGAUAGGGGUGCCCCAGGCACGGAUACACGACAUUGUCCACUGUCGCAGGUCGGCCACUGCGGACACGGCAUUGCGAAUCGGUAAGGCGCUGGGGAUGACCCCCUGA